AUGUACCAACCCGAGCCGACGGCGUACCUUCAAGUGUCGACCGGGUAUGCAAUGCCGCACACGCUGCCCGAGUACACAUUCGACGAGACGCCAUUACGUCUAAGCGACGGCCGAGGCGGCUCGUCGAUUGGGGCCGGGGGUAGCAGCAGCAGCAACGCCGCUGCAACGAGUGCCCUGUUGUACGGGACUCCGCUGUUCAGCAAUACCAAUAGCGCAGGAAUCGGCCCCGCACCACCCACCAGCGGGUCCUCCACAGCGCCUGCGCCCGCCCACAGCCACACUUUCCACCACCAGCAACAGCAACAACAUCACCAACACCCACCACAACAACACCGAACGAGAAACGUCGCUCGCACUGUCCCGUCCUCCGUGGCCGCUUCGUCUUCCCGCAUCCACCAACACCCACACCAACAACAUCACCGUGCCUCGCUACCAAUACUGCUCAAGAUGGAGCCGAACAGCGAGGACAUCGCCGCGCAGGAAGCCGCGGCGCGGGAAUACCAACAACAUUUCGAGGUACAUAACCUAGAAACGCGUCGUCACAUCCAUCAAUCGUCGGCGUGUGCAUUGGAUGCAUUCCAUUUUCAUUCAGGACCCCUCAUCGGCAAAAAGACGCCCAGCACGGCCAUCGUCGAGGAAUAUGCAAAGGCCGACCCUAUCUACGUGCAAAAGACCAUGGUCUUGCCGCAAACAUAUUCAGAUUACCGGCCCGUCCAAGGGGACGGUAGCUGUGGUUGGCGGGCGAUUGGCUUCGGCUACUUCGAGGCCUUGAUCAAAACCCGCAGCAAGGCCCGCAUCGAUGCGGAGCGCCAGCGUCUGGAGAGCCUCACCCCCGUCCUCGAGAACGUUGGCGGUUUCCCGUCCUACUUGCUCCAGGACUUUGUUGAUGAGACCUUCUCGCUCUUGCAGAAGCUGGCCGACCUGGCCAAUCACCCAGAUCAAGCCAUGUCGGCGCUUGAGGAGGUAUUCAACACACCCGACGUCUCGAGCUGCAUCCUUUAUCAUCUCCGCAUGCUAGCCAGCUCGUACCUCAAGGGGAACCAGGACCAAUACGCCGCCUUCGUCACCACCAACACCGGUGUCGAAGGGUAUUGCAAAGAGGUGCUGGAGCAUCACAACGUCGAGCUCGACCAUCUCGGCUUAACCCUGCUCGUCAAUGUGCUUCUCAGAGAUGCCGGCUUCGUUCUCGAGGUGGCAUACCUCGACAGGAGCCCUGGGUCUGAGGUCAACACCUACCGAUUCCCUGAGGAGGCCAACGGCCGCCACCCGUCCGAGCUCGGCCCCAUCAUCCACCUCCUCUUCCGCCCAGACCAUUACGACAUCCUCUAUAUUCCCGAGCCAGUCGAUCUGCAGGUCCACCGCGUCGCCAGCUUCUCACACCGGUACGAGAUCGAAAACUCGCCCAUGGCCGCCAUGCACAAUUUUGGCGGCCCCGUCAACAUGGAAACCCUCGCCAUGAUCCCGGGCUUCGGCACCCCAACUCCGGGCAGCCUCGCAGCCGCACCUCCCAUUCUUGACACUACCCCCUCCCCUCUUAGCGCAUACAGCCCCAGCCCAGUAUCACCCUGGGCCACGGCCCCACCACCCUACGCCGACCCCUUACAACAACAACAACAUCAACAUCAACAACACCACCAGCAACCCCCAACAGCUCCAAUGCCGAUCCCAAUGCCGAUGCCCGCCUCCUCAGCAGCAGCCGUGGCCGCCAACACCAUGUCCCUAGCUGUAUCCGCCCCACCACAGACCCACCCCUUGCGGUUCAGCGAGUACUGCCAGCUGCCCGAAUAUGUCGAGAACAACACAUGGCGGGAACAGACGCUGCAAACGACGACGUUCAAGAACAGCCACUUCAACGUGGCGCACUACAACAACCCGAACUUCCAGCCGGAAGAGUAUAAGCCCGAGUCCGACGACCAUCAUGAUGCGCCGCCACGAGCGAGCACGAGGAAGAGGGGGAGUGUAUAA